AUGGACUCGAUCUUCGGACGCAAGAAGCGCUCGCGCCAAUUCAAUUCGGAAGCAGCCGACAAGGCGAUCCCCUACGAACGCACCGCCACCGGACGCACUCCCGUCCAAGUCGAUAACGGCCUCGCCAGCUCGUCGUAUCAUUCCAACGCCAGCCCCACCAGCUCCAAGCUCUCCAUCGGCAACCCUUCUGGCAACCCUUCCCUCGGCCACGGCAUCCAUCGCUCCAGCGCCUACUCGGACGUUCAGUACGACGUGCCCAGAUCUCGGCUCGUCAGCAAUGCCAACGAUUAUGCUGCCUAUCCCUCCACCUCGGCUUCCAUCAUCUCGCACAAUGGCGGCUCCACUAUCUCGUCCAGCGCCGGUCUCUCGUCGCAUCGUCGCAAUCCGUCCGCCGCCUCCUCGUCUCGUCAAGGAAUCAGCACGCACGAUUCCAUGCAGUCCACCGCAAGCUCGUUUGCUCCCAACGGCGGCGCGCGCUCAUCUCGCUACACAUCCAACACCAGCUCGGGGUUCGCCAACGGCGGCGCCAACAGGCCUCACGAUGUCUUGAGCAGGAUGUCGGUCGCUUCGGGCGUGUAUGGGCAUCCAGACGAUGGCCGAACUGCGCCGAGCGCUAGCAACAGCCACACCAGCUUGGCGCGCGAGUCGUACCAACAGUCGGGCAAAGCGCCCGAUUUUGCGCUCACACGUCCUCCUGAUGACCAAGUCGAGCGCCUCUUUGCUGAGCUCAUGGACAAACGCGACUUUCUCAACGUGCCCGGCGGCAACCUCUCUGACGAGUUGAAAGAGACCGCGCGGCGCAACAUGCUCAACUUCAGCGUCGACAAAAAGUGGACCCUCGUGUACAACGACAAGCUCACCGAAUGGCACGCCGAAAAGGAGCGUGAUCGCAACCGCCGUCAGCACGCGUCUCAGCCAGGUGGGCCACCGGGUGCCGGCUCCAGCAUGGUCAUCACGCGCAACUCGCCCGAAUGGUUCAUCAAAAAGUUCAUGGACGGCACCGUCACCACCAAGCACAUCGAAUCGCUCGCCGUGACGCUGCGCACCUGUGCCAUCGGGUGGAUCCAGAGCUUCGUCGAAGCCAAAGGUACGCCUGUGCUCGCCAGCUUCCUCAGUGGACUGCACGCAAAAGGCAUCAAGAACGACAACGACCUGGCGCUCGAGUACGAAGUCCUCAAAGCCUUCCGUUCGCUCUUCAAUUCGAAGCCAGGUGCGAACGAUGCGCUCGCCCAGCCCAAAUGCAUCAGCGGCAUCACACAUUCCAUGAUCUCGCUCCAGCUCACCACACGCAAGCAGGCCGCCGACAUUCUGCUCUUCUUGUGCCACUGGGAUAAGCCUACUGGACACCGUCUCGUGCUCAAGGCGUUCGACGACCUCAAGACCAGCCAGGGCGAUCAUGGACGCUUCGAUGCGUGGUUCCGCAUCCUCGAGCAGACCAUCGAUGGACGAGGCAAGAUGGGGUCCAUGGUGGGAGCCUCGGACGAAGUCAAGAAGCUCAGCGUCGUCGGUCCGCACGAGUCGAGCCUCAACGAGUAUGCCAUCAACAACAUGUUUCUCAUCAACGCCAUCCUCAACUCGGACAUCGUGCCCGAAUUCGAAGUGCGUGUCCACCUUCGCAAUCAGAUGGAGGCGAGCGGUCUGCAGCGUAUCCUCAUCAAGAUGCACGCAUUCAAGAACCCGGACCUCGAUGCGCAGAUCGGUGUUUUCGAGAAGGGCUCAGAGGCCGAUCACGAGGACGUCGUCGAGACCUUCAACAAGGAGGUGCUUACGGAUCUGAGCGAUCCCGUCGACGUCUUUCGCGCCAUCGUCGGCAAGGUCGAAGGAUCGCGUGCCUACGAUUUCUUCCUGUCGGCUCUGCAGCACCUCUUGCUCAUUCGAAGAGACGGCGACGACCUCGUACACUAUUACCAGCUCAUCGAUUCCAUGGUCACCUCGGUAGUCAUGGACCGCAAGGGUGCCGUCGAGGGCAACGAUCUGUCGUCCCUGCUCGGUGUCUCGGUCAAUAACGUCCUCUCGCGCUUCGCGGACCAGGAUCACAUCAACUCGAUGCAGUCCGAGCUGCAAAAAGCCAAAGCCAAGGCGGCUGCUCUAGAGCAAGAAAAGGUUGAGCUCGAAUCCAAGCUCAAAGCAGGCUCGGAUGGGCUGAUCGGCAAGCUUCAGGAGCAGAUCGAAAAGCUCGAAGACGAUCUGUCCUUGGCGCGAGGCAACGCUGGUGCAGCGAGGGACGAGAUGGACGAGAUGGAAAAGGCGUACAUCGACCGCGUCGUUGCUCUUGAGAUCCAGCUUCGAGAGCUCUACGAUAUGCUCCGUGAGGCGCAGAUGGAUGUAAGCGAUGUGGCCGCCCCCGGGAAAGGCAGCCUGGACCGCAAACAGCUCGUCGAUACCUUGGAAAAGCAGCUCGAGCGGAACAAGACGAUCCGCAAGCUGGAGGCCAACGCACGCAAGAACAAGGCAGGCGACAAAGGUGGCGAUGUGCCGCCUGUGCCGGGAGUGCCCACCGAAGACGACCGCAAGCGCAUCUCUGCAUCCGUACGGCGUCAGUCUAUGUUGGCACGGCAAGCGGAGAACGACGAAGAGGAUGGCGCCGACGAGGAGGCAGAGCAUGAGCAACAAGGACACGACGAAGAGCCGCUGGACCCCGAAGCAGCCAAGUGGAAGAUCCAGGCAACACUGGCGGCUGGAAUGGCGCAGAACACCGACCUGGCCUCCAGGAUGGUGGACGCGCGCGAAUCGCGACGCCGCAAAGCUCAGGCACCGACACCGGGAGGCACCGGCAAGCGCACGUCCCAUCCUGCUGUGCGGACUCUGCUCGACGAGAUCCGCCGGCAGCGCGAGGAUGAUUCCGACUCGGAUGACGACAUGAUUGCGGGUCGAGGAAAGAAGAAGCCGAGCAGAUUGGGGAGCGUCGCAGAGGCGCAGGCUGUCCCUGCACCUGCAGGACUGGCACCGCCACCACCUCCACCGCCUCCUCCCCCGCCGCCGCCGCCGCCGCCGUUUGCUGGAGGUAUGGCGGCGACUCAAAAGGCGAUGCUCGACGCUGCAGCGAUGCCACCUCCGCCACCGCCACCUCCGCCUCCCCCCGCCCCAGGAAUGCUGCCUGGUCUUUCGCAGACCAGCAGCGGGGCCGCCAGCGGCGACAUGCGCUCCGCCUUCUCCACGCCCAACUCGUCUCGUCCCGGCUCGGGGAUGAUCCCUUCGAUCACCAGCACGCCUGCUCCGCCUGCUCCUCCGCCGCCCGGUUCGGUGACCGAGUCACCCAUGCAAGACACCUACCGCAACUCGAUGAUGAACGUGCGCGCAUCGUACGCGCCUACGAAUCUCGGUCCAGCCGGGCCCACCGCCGCUCCUCCAGCGCCCGGCGUUGCCGGUCUCUUCGCGAAUCAUGCGCUCAGCCGCAAAGAGGUGCUGGCCAUGGCGAGCUCCAAGAUGAAGCAGCUGCAGUGGGACAAGCUUUCGCCGCAACAUGCCGCCGAAACCAUCUUUGGAAAGCACGAGCUCACCGCGGAUGAGGAGGCGGUCGUCAAGACGCUGCAGCAGGAAGGACUGUUUGAGGAGAUGGAGGAAGACUUCAAAGCCAAGCAGCCGGUCAAAAAGUCGGCCUCGACCGCCAAGAAGGACAAGAUCGAGCUCAAGACGCAUCUCAGCCUGCAGACGCGCCAGGGAAUCGAGAUGGUGCUCAAGCGUGUCAAGUCGAGCUUGACGGAGAGCAAGCAGGCGUCGCCGGAAGAGGUGGCGCAUCACAUCAUCAACUGCAACGAGGCGGUGCUAGACCAGAGCUUCCUCACGGAAUUGCUGAGGCACUAUCCGGAGAGCGAGACCAAGGGCCAGUUGGGAGAGUACAGGAAUGCGUCGGACGAAGAGCUGCGCCUGCUGCAUCCCGCCGAUCGACUGGUGGUGCUGUUGAUGACGGUGCCGCAUCUCAAGGAGAAGGUCAAAGGGCUGCUGUACAUGACCAAGUACAAGGAGACGUUUGAUCUCAUCAAGUCGGGCACGGUCAAGGUUCGCGACGCUUCCGAGGGAUUGAUGAAGGCCAAGGCGUUCGCGCGGUUGCUCAGCUUGAUCCUCAUGAUGGGCAACUACCUCAACUCGACGGGUGUGCAGGGUGGUGCGUUUGGAUUCAAGAUCACGUCAAUCAACAAGCUCGUCGAUACCAAGGCGUCGGAUGGCACCACGCUGCUGCACUUUAUCGAACGCACCAUCUCCAAGUGCUUCCCCGAAGUCGAGACGUUCAUGGACGAGCUCGAGCUGCCGGCCGAAGCGUGUCGGGUGCAGCUGUGGGACUUGCGCCGCGAUCUGGCCGAACUCAAGUCCGGCAGCUUCCAACAUCGCAAGGAGCUCGAUCGACUGCUCGACGAGAACGACGAGAAUCUGCAGGAUCCGUAUGUCAAGAUCAUGCUUCCGUUCCUCAACGACGCGGCUUCCGAGCUGCAGAGGCUCAACGACCAGGUGCAGUUUGCCGAACGCGUGUACAACGAAGCGCUCAAGUACUUUGGCGAAGGGCCUGAUCCCAAGAAGCGUGGACUGGGCCAGCUGGCCAACCAGACGAUGCGCACCGAGGACUUUUUCGGCAUCUUCAAGGAGUUCUUGGCGGCGUACAAGAAGGUCAAGGUGGAUAAUGUGAGGAUCGGCGAGCAGAGGGCGAUGGAGGCCAAGAGGAGGGCGGCGGCGGAAGAGCGGGAGAAGGAGAGGCAGGAGGCGCUGGCGAGGAAGGAGGCAGGCGUGGAUGACAGUGCGGUGCUCGAGACGCUGUUGGGAUCGUUGCGAAGUGGCGGGGGUGGGCCGAACAAGCAGAGGAGGAAGGCGAGGGAGAGGAGGCAGACGAAUGCAUCAGCAGCUGCGGCAGCAGCAGCAGCAGGAUCGACAGCGGGAAGCGCAGGGGCCGGCGGGUCAGAGGACUCGGGUGCUGCAGCUGGCAGCGUGUUGAUGGGUGCGCAAGGAAGUCCGUCGGACGUAGCGGCGGCAAUGCUGGCCAAGCUGCAGGGUGGACAAGAGGGAGGAGCUGCAGCAGCAGCAGGCGACCAGCCAGCCUCAUCCAGCGCGAGUGCGUUCAGAACCACGCGCAGGAGGGAUCGUCGUUCGGGUCGAGAUGCACCGCAGCCACCUGGUUCGACACUGGCCAGAGACGCGGCGUCCGGAGAGGUGGCGAGCCCGACGAUGACGAUCGACUCAUCUCCGGCUCUGUCGCAGCAGGCUUCGUCGACGACGCACACGCCCUCCGCGUCGAUCUCGGUCUCGUCCUCGGGUAUGAGGGUGUUGGGCGAUACCACGGUGGGCGAUGCCACGCUCAUGCCGUCUUCGUCGAGUCGAAGCAACCACAUCGAGGCGGGUCAGUCGGUUCUUGGACAAUCACAGGCAGGAGUCAGCCAAGAUACACAUGCAGCACAUGAAACGGUGGAAGAAGAGGGUGCCGAGGAUGAGGAGGACGACGAGGGGUCUGAAUUUGAAGAUGCUCUGGCUGCGCCUCGCAAAUCCAAUGUCGGGGCGGGAGGAGGGGGGGCAGGCUCGGAUCUGGAAUGGUUUGAUCCGGAUCUAUCUGGUUUCUCGGCUGCUGGGCAGAGCAUCAAGUCGAACAAGGAAUAG